AUGGCGAACACGAACCGUUCCAUGCUGCAGAGAAAGAGCUCGAUCUUUCAUGAAACUCAAGGGGACGCAAGGAAGAAGCGGACCAUGGGGAACGGAUGGAGGGAUUGCUUCCUCAUUCUCUCCAAUGGGAAGCUGUAUUACUAUGAUUCGAGGCAGGCGUACGUCGAUAGCCCAGGCGAGCCUCUCGGCGAUAUCGACGUGGUGAACGCCCGGGUGAAGCAGGGCUCGCAGGAUGAGAACGGACAUAUCUUUACCCUCCAAGAAGCGGCUUCAUCCCGCCUGCACGUCUUCGCCUGCCAGACCAUCCAGGAGGUCGGCAUGUGGAUCUCAGCGGUGGAAGCCUUCGUAGUGCCGGAGGAGGUGGAGCAAGCGGAGCAUGACAGCGAUCACUUCACGAUGAUACGAAUGGGCGAAGCUCCUGUCUCCAUGAGGAAGCAUCUUGAAGGAAUCGUGGAAGGAAGCGGCGGUUCUCGACUGAUCCAUCCCAUGGCACCGUUCGCUCUCCAUUUGCAGCUCAUCUCAGCCAUGUUCGUGAUCUACUCUUGCAUCGAGACGCCAGCCGUGCUGGCCUUCUCCGAUGCAGGCUCAUGUGACUGGCCUGUGACCAACACUAUCGACCUUGUCAUCGAGGUUUUCUUCAUGUUCGAGAUAUUCGUUCAGUUCUUCGUCGGUUUCUACGACGAGCUGGGGAACUACAUUGACAAUGUCAAGGAUAUCGCUCUGGAGUACUUGAAGUCUCGGUUCUGGUUUGACACGUCGACAGCUCUCCCCUUCACUUGGGUGGAGCUGUUUGUUUGGAUCUCCACAUGCUCCAAUCACAACAACAACUCUGUCAAGUCCUGGUCGCAGGUCCUCAAGGUGCUCUUUCGAGUCCUCCGACCCCUCAGGCUGCUCAAGAUCUUUCGGUUCGUCCGGGUGAUGCAAGUCUGGGGAGCGUACAGCAUCCGCAUCAAGCUCUGGAUCCAGAAAGUCAUCAUGAUCUCCUUCACCGUCUUCUUCAUCGUCCAUAUCUACAGCUGCAUCUGGUGGAUUUUGAAGCAGUACGUGACCCCUGACGAGGAACUCCAGCUCUUCCUCCACGACUUCAACGUCAGCCAGACCGACAGCGGGGGCAAGUACAUCUUGUCCGGCUACUUCAUCAACACGAUCUUCACCACGGUUGGCUUCGGCGACAUCAGCGCGGACACACCAGGAGAGAUGAUCUUCUGCGUGGUUGCUGAGUGGACAGGCGCCAUCGCCUUCGCCUUCAUGAUCUCCCACCUACAGGACGCAGUCUCCAAGUUCAACGCUCGGUCCGACGCCCAGCGAGAGGAGCUGGAGCGCGUGAUGUUGUUCCUGCGCAAGAAGCGCUGCCCCAACUUUCUUGCUAACAAGGUUCGCCACUGGGUCCACUACACGCACUCGGCCAAGGCAGAAGAGGAGGAGAGGAGCUCUAUUCUUCAAUCCCUUCCCCCGCACCUCGGAGAGCAACUCGCCCUGCACCUCAACGAGGGCGUCAUCGCCCGCAUCCCUAUAUUCUCAAGCAUCCAAUCAGCCCAUCGCAACAAUUUCUUUGCCAGCAUUCUCUUCUCCUCCAUCUGGGAAAUGUACGGCCCCGGCGACAUGGUCGCCUUCCACAACGACCCGGCCUUCCGCCUCUGCAUGAUAGCCUCGGGCUCCGUCUCUGUCAUAGGAAAGAACAAAGAGACGAGCAAACUCGUGGCAACGCUGCGGGCAGGCGAUCACUUCGGGGAGUACUCGCUGCUCGGGGACCAACAGUGGGGAGCAGAGAUGGGGAUCAGAGCCGACUACAUCGCCAACGAGAUGUGCGAGAUCAGGUCCGUGAGCGUCGCGGCCCUCCAGAAGGCGUUGAACUACUACCCCGAGAUCUCCGACCAGAUCGACGAGAUGAGGGAGCAGAGGGAGAACGAGCAGGUUGGCAACUGCCAGUACCUCCUUGACGACCGGGAGAUCCAGCUGGCAAGGUGGAAGAAGCUCUGCCAGACCCUCAUGGACUCGAAACGAGAGCUCUGGAGGAAGGUCGCGUUCGUCACGGAGGCCCAAAGAGCGUCCAACGCCGAUGGAAAUGCACAUGCACGACGGGCGAGCGCCAGCUCGCAGGACCUGCUCCAGAGCCACUUGAAGUCCGGCUCCAUGUACAGCGGGUCUCGGAGGGUGAGGAGAGAGGCUGGCAGGAUUCGAACUGAAAACCACGACCAGGCGAUCCCUGAGCAAGUGGACGCCCAUCCAAACCAGCAACACCUUGCUCCUGAGCCGAGCAGACAGAUCGACGGAGAAUUUCUCCAGAAGAUGGAAGGCCUGCAGGAUUUCUUCAAGACCCGCAUGACGCGCCUGGAGCUCGAGAUGGCAGAGUUCCGAGAGCAGACGAGGAGGCAGAACGAGGAGAUCCUGCAGCUGCUGAAGGAGGAGAGGAGGAUGGGGUACGCUCCUACCAUCUCCGACGACGUCGAAGACGACAUGUCCGAUUUCGAAUCUUUCGUCCACGCGUUCUCCAAACCCGCCGGCCGCCCUCCUAUACAGGAGCGCCAGGGAAGGCCAGCGACGGUCGCCAUGGCAGAGGAGCACAUUGCACCGGUGAACCCGCACGGCUCGAGCGUCGUUCUGGUGGACAGAGGAGGGAGGCAGGACUUGAAGCAGAAGCUGCACGCCAUGAAGGAGAGUCUUGAGAAACGAGUCCGCGAUACCCCGCGAGGCAUGUGGAGGAGGGGAUCCAACCCGUUCACCUUCCGAGACGACAAGGUCCUGCGAAACUGGAAGGUGGUGGACAAGAAGUGA